AAAAUGCAAACACAGGAAGUGAAAACAUCUACGAGGCAUUUUAUGACAUUGCGCAUAUCUCACGACCUAGAACCGCUGACAAGAACCACACAUUCACUUCCGGUUCCGGAUGGGUUUAUUCUCACACAUGAUAAUCCAUCGUUUUAGGAAAUAGAAAAAGGCUUGGGGGGUAUUUAAAUAGGUAUAAUGCAUCAAUGCUCAUGUGUAUUUAAAAAAACCUGUAUUCCAUCAAAAACAAAUAUAAUUCUGCCAUUAUCAUCAUCAUCGUCAUCGUCUGGGGGCAGUGUGCUAGAAGAUACCUUUGGGAUUCCUGUUGGUAUUCUCACGUGCGCGUACAACAGAACCGGGAAACGCUUUGUUUUCGAUACGAAAUUUAAGGUAGAAUUUUUAUGUUUCGGAAUUCUUGCUUUUUCUAUCGAGUAUCAUGGCUAAGAAUAAGCUUCUCACGCUCGUACUUGUCCAUAAUUCCAAACAAAUUCUACUUGGGAUGAAGAAACGUGGUUUUGGUGUGGGUCGGUGGAAUGGAUUUGGCGGGAAAGUUGAACCAAAUGAAACUAUCGUAGAAGCUGCUAAAAGAGAGCUCUUAGAAGAAUGUUGCAUAAAAGCUAAAAGCCUUAUUGAAGCAGGAAUGCUUAAGUUCGAAUUUGUUGGUGAUCCAGUAAUACUUGAGGUUCAUGUGUUUAGAGUAGAGCAGUUUGAAGGAGAACCAACAGAAACUGAAGAAAUGAGACCUCAAUGGUUCAACCAUGAUGAAGUGCCAUACAAGGAUAUGUGGCCCGACGACAUCUUGUGGCUUCCUUCUCUCCUUCAGAACAAGAGAUUUGAUGGUUACUUUAAGUUUGAAGGGCACUCAAACAUUUUAGAGCAGAGAUUAGAAAUCAUUGAAGAUAAAUAAUAAUCGGCAUUUAUAUAGAUAUCAUAAACCGUUUA